GGCGUGUCAUAACAUAUCAGCGCCACUGUUUCAUGUGUCGAUCGAGCCCUGUUGACAAGAACUGCGCUCACUCUGUGCUUCACAGGUGUAGACCUAAACAAAUCAUAAAAAGCUAAAGGUAUAGUUGCCUCCAGCAGCAUAUGCGCUGUCAGGGCUAACAUCGGCAGAGUUUAUUGUGACUAACGGAGAGAGGAUACAUCGCUCCUCUGGGAAGACGUCGAGAAGUCGGCCACAGGUAGCUCUUGCGGCUCUGAAUAUCAAAAUACAGGUCAUGCGGGUGUCUUCGGAGGGGCAGAGAGCUGUGAUACAGUGCUGUUACUGCUAGUGACCCCGGUGGACUGAUCCCGGCAAGCUGAGCACGAAGGACGGAAUAAGUAUGUCCCGAAGAAAGCAGAGCAAACCCCGGCAGAUCAAACGCUCUAUUGGGGAUCUUAAUGGAGGUGAGGAUCCAUCUGAUGAUGUAAGUGUUUCAGGAGAGGAGGGCGGAGCUUCAGACCAGGAGGACUCUGCAGAGUGUGACGGUUCAAGUCCACCUUCAUUUACACCACUUUAUAACGAAGAGCCAAGAACCCACGAGUCCCUGGCGGUGCCGGAUGAGGGUGAGGAAGAUGAGAAAGGACCAAAACACUGUACAGAAGAUGAGGAGGAGGAGGAGGAGGAGGUGGAGGAGGAAGAAGAGGCAGAUAGGGAAGGGAAACCCCAGUGGAAUGGCCCAGAUGAUCUUAUGCUGAGCGGCAGUGCUGAUGACUUCAAGGUCCUGGCCCUCAGGGACCUGUCAGGUGACACCGUGUGGGGUCCGUUUUCUGGCAGCAUCCAAUCAGGGGAGACCACAGAUGGACCUGCCAAUGAGAGGCCUGUAAUGUCUCUGGAGUGUGAGGAGGCAGACUGCUGGCUCAGAAGGAUUCCUGUGACCUCAAGCCCCACCGAGUCAAACUGCAUCAUCUACAAUCAGGGAGGAGUGUUAUUCUGUAAGCUGACGCAGGAGCUGUCCAGUGGAGAUGCACUUUUUGCAACACUGUCCUGCUCCACCACGGAACACUCAGUGGGGACUCAGGCCCAGAGCGUGCGGGUGAAGGAGGAGCCUGUGUACCCUGCAGCUUUGCACUCUGAGAUCCAGCUCCUCCCUCAACAGGCUGGCAUGGCUGCCAUCUUAGCAACUGCUGUCGUUAAUAAAGACAUUUUUCCUUGCAAAGACUGUGGGAUCUGGUACAGGAGUGAGAGAAAUCUCCAGGCCCAUCUUAUGUACUACUGCGCAAGCCGACAGAAGCAGCAGACCUCGGCCUCUCCUCCACAGGACAAGCCUAAAGAUUCGUAUCCUAACGAGAGGCUGUGUCCAUUCCCACAGUGCAACAAAAGCUGCCCCAGUGCCAGCUCUCUGGAGAUCCACAUGAGAACACAUAGCGGAGAGCGUCCGUUUGUGUGUUUGAUUUGCCUGUCGGCUUUCACCACCAAGGCGAACUGUGAGCGGCACUUGAAGGUUCACACAGACUCACUGAAUGGUGUGUGUCACGGCUGUGGUUUCAUCUCCACAACGCGAGACAUCCUGUAUAGCCACCUGGUCACCAGUCACAUGGUUUGCCAGCCUGGCUCUCACAGUGAGGUGUACUCACCCAAACUGCCUCUGGCUGCAGGUUUGAGUCCAGGAGACUCUGGCAUUGUUCUGAAAUGUCAAGUGUGCGGCUACUCCGCUGACACACCUGCACUACUUCAGCAGCAUGUUCACACACACCUGGAAGUAAGGGUUCCAGCUGAGAGGAGCCCUGUGCCUCGCCAGAGCAGUCCUCCUUCCCCUGAGCUUCCAGAGCUGCAAGAGACAGAGCCUGCUGCCUGUGUGCCCCGACCAGAUUCCUCCAGCCCAGGAGCCAAUGGCAGCUCAGCCUCUCAAGGCUGCAGUCCCCUCAGCCAACUCAAUAUCAAAGAGGAGCCACGUUCAGACUAUGAAAAUGACUCAAAGGAAGAAGAACAGGCAGGCAGUCCUCAAAGAAAUGCUGUGGAGGCAAGCUCAUCUCAUUCUGCUUCACCUAAGAGCCCCACAGUAGUGGCGGUUAAGACGGAGCCAGCCAGUCCCACUCCAGGUUCCAGUCCCAUACACCCUGGAACAGGCGGUUCGGUUCUCCCUGGAGGUGCAGUGUUCUUACCGCAGUACAUGUUCAAUUCUGAAGCUGCCAUAAUGCCGCAAGCGUCUGAAAUCCUGGCAAAGAUGUCUGAGAUGGUACACAGUAGACUUAAACAGGGACAAGGACCAGCAGCUGGACAGCAGAGCUUCUACCCUCCAGGCUCUCCUGCUAGCGUUCACAAAGGAGCCACUUGCUUCGAAUGUGACAUCACCUUCAACAACAUCAACAACUUCUACGUCCACAAGAGACUUUACUGCUCCAGCAGGCAUCAGCAAGGUGAGGCAGCGGGUCUAAUGAAGGAAGGAGCAGUCACAGCAGCUGCUCCUCCUGCUGCUCAUGCUGCUUCACCCCAGGCCAGACCGGUCAGCCGCGCAGCUUCGGCCUCUCCAAGCUACCCUGACCCUGCCCCAGGAGGCACGGCCUUGGAGCCCAAGUUAGUGGAGGUGAAAACAGAGGAUCCAGGGCUGAAAGAGGCCACCUGCUCGUCCUCCUCAGAGGGAGAGGGACCUGGGGGAGGACAGGCCAGCGAGGGUAGCCAAAGUCCUAGUGGCUCUGCUGAAGACCAAGAUGAUGAUCCCACUCGCACCUUCUGCCAGGCCUGCAACAUCCGAUUCAGCCGCCAUGAUAACUACAUUGUCCACAAGAGAUUCUACUGCGCCUCAAGACAUGAUCCCACCAACCAGAGGGCCAAUUCUGGUAAGGCCGCCUUCCUUCCCCAACCUAUCCGCACACGCAAGCGCAAGAAGAUGUAUGAGAUCCACAUGGCUCAAACUGAGGCUUUGGCCAAUGCCACUGCUUUACCUGCAGCAACAAGACUGGGGCUAAAACAAGAGGGCCCUUCCGUUCCUCCAUUGCCCCAAGUAUCCACCCCAUCACGCAGCUCAAGCCCUGAAGGUGAUGGACCCAUCGACUUGAGUAAAAGACCCAGACUAAGAGAAAGCCAGAGAGGGGGCAGUGUUCCUGCACUGCCCCUUACUGACUACCACAAGUGUACUGCCUGCAGCAUUAGCUUCAACAGCAUCGAGAACUACCUAGCCCACAAGACUUACUACUGCCCUGCAACAACCCUGCAACCACACACUAUUGAACAGCUUAACCGGUUGAAGAGACCUGCUUCCACUUCUCCAAAGAACCGAGCACUGGAUGUGCACCCUGAUACCAAAGGGCUUCAGACGGGCAAAACUGCAGCGGUUCUGCAUCCAUCCACCCUACCUGGCUCUGAAUCCACUCCACCACAUGUGCAGGGAGCAAAGACCCCCAGCACCUCCCCAGUGGUGUGUCCUUACUGCCCUCCCAACAGACCACUGACCUGUGAUCUGAUGGAGCAUUUUAAAACCACUCAUGGUCUGGUGCUCACACUACAACAACAUGCCGAGUCAACGCAGUCCUCAGGAGUCAGUCCUAGUCCUAGCCUUAGUCCACGGGAAGGAGCUCCUCUCACCCCUCCUAAAAAACCAAGCCCUCGUCACCGUAAGGAUAGCGUGAAUGGCCGGAGCAUCAAGGUUGAAGCUACAUCUCCUUCCUCACCUGUGCUUAAUGGAAGUCCGCUAGAACCCCAGUCUGUGGGGUCAGGUUCUCCGAAAACCGGACCCCCUGCCCUCUCCCCUACAGGAGUAACUGUGUCACCUGUGCCUGAAGCGUUAAGAGAGGUUGGGCAGCUAGGCCACACCCCAUUACCCAAACUCCUCCUUGAAAAGGCAGGUCUUGCUGUUAGCCACGUCCACACAACUCUGUCCACACCUAAAACAUCCCUCGCCUAUCCUCUGCAAAAUGGGAACACCCGCUACUGCCGGCUGUGCAACAUCAAAUUCAGCAGCCUCUCCACUUUCAUUGCACACAAAAAAUACUACUGUUCCUCUCACAGUGCCGAACAUGUCAAGUGAGCCCUCUACCAAGUCAAUUCUGCAAUUCCUCUCAUGCAUAAAAGUGCCAAUCACGGCAUUGCCUGACCAGAGCAUGAUAGCGGGACUGUUACUAGCCAGAUACGGACAUCUUCAUGCCGACCGCGUUAUCUGGUGUUGUUACUAUCGUAACUUAUUACACGUUAUGGGUCAAGUUUGUAUUACACUAAGAGAUGAGACUACCUGCACACACAGAAUGUGCCCCACUGACCAAUCUUCUUAUCCAUGCAGACAUCUUCUUUCAUCUGUGAGUUUAAAAAUCUGCUGAUGGAAAUAACAUCUUGCCCUUUAAUUAGCUUUGGAAAUGCUGUUUUAAUCACUCCUAAGUUUUUAUGUUCAUUUUAAUCAAUGGUGGCAUUGUAAAUUGGUAAGAUUGUUUGACUGAGCCAUUUUUGUUUUGUGUUAAAUUACUGAUUUGGGGUUAAUUCUGACCCCUAGUGGAGGUCUUUAUAGAACCCCUGUCUGCAGAUUUUUGUCAAUACACUGACUCAAAAAAAAAACAA